GCCGCCGCGGCCGCCACGCCGCGCCGGGCCGCGUCACGGCCGCGGUCGAGGUCUCGGCCAAUGUCAGGCUACAUAAGCGGGCGGCGCCGGGCCGGCCGGCUCAGUGUUCUCGGUCGCGCCGCGCACCGGAGGCAGGCAGAGAGAGUCACGGCCGCCUGCGCCGUCUCAAGCCGAAGACCCGCCCGGCUAGGUCGCGCGCCGCCCGCCCCCGCGCCGCCCACCGCACACAUGGAGACGGCUGUGGAGCAGGCGCCGGCACCGGCGCUGGCCGACCGGCGCGCGUCCGCCGUCAGCACCGCCUCCACGGACAGCGAGGACUGCGCGCCGCUCUCGCGCGCGCCGGCGCACCGCGUCGGCGCGGUGAGCUCCGACAAGCAGCUGCUGGCCGUGGAGGAGGGUGCUCUCUCACUCGGUGACUCCUCGCUUUCCGACUGUCGCGACAGCGGUGUCGAAGCCGACAGCUUCGUCGAACCUGACGAGGCGACAGCUCUACAGCUGGUCGAGGCGGUCGAGUUCUAUUUUGACGACGAAAACCUGCUCAAGGAUGCCUUCCUGCUCAAGCACGUUAAGCGCAACAAGGAGGGAUUCGUCAGCCUCAAGCUGAUGUCGAGCUUCAAGCGGGUGAAGCACAUCAGCCGCGACUGGCGCGUGGUGGCGUUCGCGAUGCGCCGCAGCACCAAGCUGGAGGUGAACGACACGGCCACCAAGGUGCGCCGCCUGGCACCGCUGCCAGAGCACGACGAGACCAUCACCAGCCGCACCAUCGUGGCCGUCAACCUGCCGCUGGAGAACCCGACCAUCGCCACCGUCUCGGAGCUGUUCGGCGCCUGCGGAGACAUCAGCAGCAUCCGCGUGCUGAAGCCCGGCACCAACAUCCCCGUGGACGUGCGCGCCGCGUUCAACAAGCACCCGGACAUCGCCUGGGAGAACGUCAACUGCGCCGUGGUCGAGUUCGACCUGCAAGAGCAGGCGCGCAAGGCCAAGGAGACCAUGUCGGUGGCCGACGACGCCGACACCAGCGGCAUGCACAUCAUCCCCAUCGGCAAGGUGAGCAACAAGAAGAAGUCGCGCCAGGAGGAGCCUCGCGUUGUGAUCGUCCAGGAGGAGGCUGCCAGCGCGCAGGCUGCCGAAAAGAAGCGCCGUCAGAAGCGCAAGAAGAUGUCGCUGGUGCACAUGGAGAGCAGCAGCUCGAUGUCGGGUACCGACGGCGAGUUCGGAUGGAGCACGCCGACGCGGCGUCUGAGCGCCGCCGGCCCGGCGCCGCAGGUGCAGCGUCCGCCGCUGCUGCCGCUGCCGCCCGGCCUGCGCGCCCACCGCCUCUCGCCGCCCUCCCGACCCGGCGGCCUGUUCGCCUGCACCGACAUCAGGCUCAUGGAGCACGCCCACUCGCUGGCCGUGCGCGGAAAGGCCAACUCGUCGCCCAACGUGCUGCCGCCGCCGCAGAGCCUCGCCGCCCGCCAGAAGAAGUCAAACUCGUUCUGCGGCGUGGUGCCGGCCGGCCACGAGCAGUGCCCGUGGGUGGCGCGCCGCAAGGCGUCCGGCCUCUCGGAUGCCGACCGUCGCGGCUCGCUGAUGACCCAGGAGAACGUGAUGCGCGCGCCGCGCGGCCCGGACGGGUCGCGAGGCUUCGUUCGCCGUCCCAGCCGCUCGGCCGCCGUCGAGAUCAAGGCGCCGCCGCCGGCGGAGGUCGCCCCCGCCCCCGCCCGCCGCCGCUCGGCCGCCAUCGAGAUCAAGGCUCCGCCGCCGGCAGACUCGGCUCCCAAGGCUUCGACCGCGGCCCCGGCCCCGGCCCCGGCUCCGGCUCCGGCUCCGUCUCCGGCUACGGCUACGGCUCCAGCUGCUGUGACGACGACGCUGUCUCCGACCGCGCCUCCGUUCGUCCCGGCAGCUCUGGCUGCCGCCGCGGCCCCAGUACCUGCUGCUGUCGUCAUCAAGCCGCCGCCUACUCCUGUCGUCAUCAAGGCACCUCCUGCCGACCCUAAGCCGGCUCCCACUGACUCUAAGCCGGCCGCUGCUGAGGCCAAGUCCGUCACUGCUGAGACCAAGCCGGCCGCUGCCGAAGCCAAGCAGGCUCCUGCGACGUCCGCCUCGGCCUCUGCUGCCGCGUCCAACACGGCCAACACCAUAUCGGCCGCCGUGCUGGCUGCCGCUGCCGCCGCCGCAGCCAAGAACGCCCCCACGCCCGCCACCACCGCCCCCGCCCCUGCUGCUUCUCCCGCUGCCCCUCCCUGUGAGCAGGCCUAGACAUCGACCGCCCAGCCGGCGCUGCGAUGGAGGCCGCGACCUGUGAUAGAUUCGUCUCUUAGCUGUCCUGCUUCCUUCACGGGCGACGCGAUGGCAUCGUGUCGGGCCGCCAACGUCCCGAUUGCUGUGGGACACUUUCAUUCCACUCCCCGCCAUUCCACUUUCGGGGGGAUAUUUAUAUAUUUAUUUGAAACAGUGAGAGAAUGCAUGCGAAACGUGUGAAUGACGCAACUGAAAUGGAUGAAACCGCAUGAGCCGUGCACGGCUACUGUAAAUUAUUAUAUUUUAUUUGUCGGUGCGAGGUUUAAGUUAUUGAAGAUGACUUAAGCUGCAUUGCAGCUAGCAUUGUGUCAGAAAAUACACAGAUCUGAACAGAU